AUGACCAAGGAGAAGAAUGGGACAACGACAACAACGACUAUCCCAAUGCCGAAUCCCAAACCACGACUGUCGGCGAUGACCGUGAACUACAACCAGGAAGUGUCUUCUGUGAAUUCGUUCACUUUUGUCAAGUUGUUGAUGACAUGGCGUGGUUCGAUAUGGAAAUCUGUGAAAUGCGAAUUAACAAUGUGGAUUUUAGCGUUUGCCGCUGUUCAAAGUGUCUAUCGAUAUCUGAUGACCGAGGAUCAGCAGAAAUUCUUCGAAUACGCAGCCGUUCAUUUGAAUGUGCGCCUGGUCCAUAUCCCAUUAACUUUCAUGCUCGGAUUCUUUGUUACGAUUGUGGUGGAUAGAUGGAGAUCCGUUUUUACCAAUAUUGGAUUUAUCGAGAACGUUGCUCUCUCUGUCGGUACCUUAGUCUCUGGUACUGAUCAUGCUGCAAAGGUGCUCCGUCGCACUAUCAUUCGAUAUUUGGUGUUGUCUCAAGUCCUAGUCCUCCGUGACAUCUCAAUGCGUGUACGUCGUAGAUUCCCGACAAUGGAAUCACUGGUAACUGGAGGAUUUUUGUACCGUGAUGAGUUGGAAAAAAUGUACAAAUGUGAAACGAUGUAUAACAAGUACUGGCUACCAACACAUUGGGCAAAUCAAUUGGUACAUAAAGCAAUGUUUGAGACAAAGAAUGUAGAUUCGGUGCAGAGUAUGAAUUCGGUGUUGAUGAACAUCAAAGAAUUCCGCCAAUCGAUGGAGAUGCUCACCAAAUAUGAUUGGGUCCCAAUUCCAAUCGCUUAUCCACAGGUAGUCUUCCUGGCCGUCCGUGUCUACUUCAUCAUUUGCUUAAUCUCUCGUCAAUACCUUUUAUCAGCUCCUCCAACCGAAGCACAAUCAGUUGUUCCAGUUAUGACGAUUCUUCAGUUCAUUUUCUUUGUAGGCUGGAUGAAGAUCGUUGACACGUGCCACGACUCUUGUCCACCAUUGAAACUCGAGGAGCCGGAUGAUGAGAAGGGAACCAUGUAUUGGUGCCACCCAACAAAAAAUGGUUCUCAAGCUCCGCCAACAGCAGUUGCCAUUUCUCAACACAAGAAUCCAUUUUCAAAAGUGCUCAACAUGGUGCAUCCAUCACAAACUGAAUCUUCACCUCCUUCGUAUCGUCUUGAAGUUCCGAAAUGA